AUGGCCAAACUCGCCACCUUCAUCGUUGUCCUCCUGAUCGCCGUGGCCGCACGUGGCGUCCAUCCCGUCCGCGCACAGCGCUCGGCCGCUCGCACCCUGGACCUGGAGACUGUGGAGCACGUGAACCUACCGGCGGUCGUCGCCUCUUCACCUACGACGACGGAGAUCAUCUUCAACGUGCCAUCAGAAGAGGAGGCUGCUGCGCCAGGGCCUGAUACGGUGGACUACUAUGAUGAUAAAACACCCAUAACAGGACCGCUGUAG